AUGGACCCCUCAGUGCCGUCUCUCGGGCCUUCUGACCUUCCUACACCCCCGCUGUCUCCUCGAAAACGACGCCGCCUUCAUCGUGAGUCCGAUGAUGCAGAAGGCGACAUGAGUCUUGAGCAGUACUUGCAGCGCGUCGAAGUUUACCGAUCGACCAGUAUCCCCAGUCGAUUUCCUUCGCCAGUGAAACUGGAGUUUCUCCCUUCUUUUGAGAAAGUACUCAGGCCACUCCACCCUGAAGUCAGUUUGAUACUGAACCAACACAAUCUGUCGGGCAUGAUGAUAUACUCCGAGCGGAGAAAAAGUGGAAAUGCGUGCUCUUGA